AUGGGAUUUGAGGUUUCUGAUGAGCUAUUGGGAACUUUCGUCCCAGUUUUGAUAUAUUGGGCAUACUCGGGGAUUUAUGUGGUUCUGGAUUCGUUUGAGAACUACCGGCUUCACACGAGGAAAGACGAAGAUGAGAAGAAUUUGGUGUCCAAGAGAACGGUGGUCAAAGGGGUUCUUCUUCAGCAAACCAUUCAGGCUAUUGUCGCUAUCCUCCUGUUUACGGUGACGGGAAAUGAUGAUGGGGAUUCAGGUGUAAAGCCUUCUUUCAUUGAUCUAGCAAGACAGUUUGUUACUGCAAUGAUUGUUUUGGAUACCUGGCAAUACUUUAUGCACAGAUACAUGCAUCACAACAAGUUCUUAUACAAACACAUCCAUUCCCAACAUCACCGGCUUGUUGUGCCCUAUGCGUUUGGAGCUCUGUACAAUCACCCCGUGGAGGGACUUCUUCUUGACACAAUUGGUGGAGCCUUAUCUUUUCUCCUCUCUGGCAUGUCUCCUAGAGCCUCCAUAUUCUUCUUCUCCUUUGCCACCAUCAAAACCGUAGACGACCAUUGUGGAUUAUGGCUUCCGGGGAACCUGUUCCAUGUAUUUUUCAGUAAUAAUACUGCUUACCAUGAUGUCCACCACCAGCUCUAUGGAAGCAAGUACAACUUCUCCCAGCCGUUCUUUGUUAUGUGGGAUAGGAUACUUGGUACCCAUAUGCCUUACUCAUUAGAGAAGAGAGCAGGUGGGGGAUUUGAAGUGCGGCCUAAGAAAGUAGACAAGGAGAAUUGA